ACGGCACAUUUAGUCUCCACCAACCUCUUAUUUCUCCCCUCAAAAACCACUCAAGCAGGAUGUACUGACCACUGGGAGUGACCACCAUCUGACUGUCGGACUAAUGACAUUAUAAAAAGAAUGCAGAAACUAUCAUUGAUCCAGUUUGCCCGUUCUUCCAGUGCCAGACGGUGGUUCUAUUACCGGAACAUUCUCGGUGACAUUUCCAGACAGCGCUGUAAAGACGGAGACACAGAAGACCUGUGGAGACGUCUCACUGAGUUUGGAGUUGCAGUCAUGAUUCUUGCUGGUUUCUUGUCCGUGCUCUUCUUCACUGAUGGAGUUUACUCCGAGCGUGAAUGUAGUUAUCAGGAUGUUGUCAAUCACCUGAAUCUCACCCAAAACAAGGAAAUGUACUUCAUGACCCGGCCCGUUAAAAACUACAAGCGCCCCACACAGGUGUCCCUUGAAGUUCUGCUGUACGCCAUUCUGGAUGUGGUUGAAAAAGACCAAAAAUUCAUCCCUUAUGUUUGGACAGUCAUGAGGUGGCACAACGAAUACAUUUCCUGGAAUCCAAAUGACUUUUGUGGAAUCCAAACAGUUUCUCUUCCUGUCGAGAUUCUGUGGAAGCCGGAUCUCACUAUUGAAGAGAUGACCGAGAAGGACAAAGCUCCUCCGAGUCCGUAUCUCAAAAUCAAUGAUAACGGGGAUGUUGAGGUCAAGAACGACCAGGUGCUGAUCAGCACCUGCAGAUUGCACAUUUACAACUUCCCCUUCGACAUCCAGAGCUGCAACCUCUCCUUCAAGUCCGUGACGCACACUGAGGAAGAAAUUCAGCUUCUACCGAUAGACAACUCUUCAGAGGCCACUGAGUGGUCUCGUGAGGUGAUGCGGACCCAGCACGAGUGGCUGUUCAUCGAAAUGACGGUUACCACCAGCAACACCAGUGAUGUAGCUGACCGACCCAUGAUUAUUUACACUAUCACUAUGAAGAGGCGCUCCGUCCUCUACAUCGUCAACUUCUUGAUACCCGUCAUGUUCUUCUUGGGUCUGGAUUUGGCCUCCUUUCUGAUCUCAGACUCCGGAGGCGAGAAACUCAGCUUCAAGGUCACCGUGCUGCUGGCUGUCACUGUGAUGCAACUUAUUCUGAAUGAAAUUCUGCCCUCCACUUCAAACAGAAUUCCUCUUAUAGCGGUCUACUGCAUUGGGAUUUUUGCUCUGAUGCUGCUGAGCCUCCUGGAGACGAUUGUCGUGAUGCAUUUGAUGGCAAAAGACUCCCAAGCAUCCAAAGACAACGAGCCAGAUGAAGGCCGAAGCAGCAGUGAGGCCGAUAACCAACAGGAGGUGCGCAAAUGGACUCAAUGUGCGUGUAUCUACGAUUGCUCUGUUGGCGAAACUCCGUCCCAACAUCCGCAGCACGAGGCCAAAGAGGCAACCAGCAGCACGCUGACAGAUCACCAUGCCUUGGAGAAGCUGUCUGACGAGCUGAGAGAGAUGGAGAAAACAUUGUCCCUGCUCCUUAACAACGGGAAGGAAGAGGUGAAGCCCGCCUACUGGACCGGAGUGGCUAAAAAAGUCAACAAAUAUUUUUUUAUUUUCUAUGUAACAGUGGUCAGUUUGUUUUUAAUAAUGGUCUUUUUUGAAUGGAUCAAUGCACAGAUGUGAUUACUGCUACUUGUUAUUAUGGCUAUAUAUGUAUAUUAUCUCAAAGGCCUUAACACACUACACAUUUAUUGUGGGCACAAUAAUAUUCCAUUUAACUGCGUUCAUGGUGAGGAAUAAAUUACCAUUAAAGGGGAAAAAAGCGAAUGAUUUAUGAAUUUUUAGAAAAUCCCCCACUUUGUGUGGAACAGACAUAUAAUACACACAAUGCUGUACAACAACACAAAAGCUACUUUAUCUGAUCACAGAGGUCAAUCCUACUUUUCACAAUAAAUCAUACCAACCACAUAAAGUUUACCGCGAGGGUCAAAUUAGAUGAGAUUGGAUUGU